UCAAAACGAGCAUCCAAGUGAUUAGUGAUGGAUAAUGCUGCAGCCUCUAAUGGGUACUUCGAUGUGAUGAGGGCAGCACUAAGAGGGGAAUGGAAUGACAUCAUAAACUUUUAUAACUUGCAGCAAGUGGAAUCAUCAUGCAAUAAUAUGGAUAUCGAAAAGGACAACAAAGAACGUUAAUAUUAUCAAUAUGGAAGAUCACCAGCAACGCUCUAGUUAGUGAUGUUACAGGGGAUACCAUUCUUCACAUGUGUGCACAAUGCCGCCGAACUGACGUUUUGAAACAGCUGUUGAGAAUAAUGCCCGCAGCAAAAGUGUUGUUAUCGGUGACUAAUAACAAGGGGAACACAGUAUUACAUGAGGCAGCCAGCACCGGAAUCGUGGAGAUGGCUAUGUUAAUCUUAGAGAAAGAAUUAGAUAAUGGAGGAGAUCAAGUGUUGAUAUCAGUUCCCAACUUAAAUGGUGAGACACCUAUAUACUGGGCAGCAAUGUAUGGGCACAAAGAUAUGUUGUUAUUUCUAGAUACAACUGCUAAUAAUUGUGGAAUCAGAAGCAUAUCCACAUCAAUGGUUGGCCCGUUAACAAUGAGGACUGAUGGCUCAACAAUUCUUCAUGCUGUUGUUCUUGUGAAAUCUUAUGAUGUCGCAAUGGAGAUCAUGGAGAUUUACCCUGACCCUGCUUCAUAUACAAAUGGUGAUGGCGCCACGGCUAUGCAUAUUUUAGCGCAGUCACCUUCUUCUUUCAAGAGUGGAACAACCUACUUUCACAAUUACUUUGGGGCCACACCAUUUGUUUUCACCGAGAUCGCGGCAGCUAUUACAUACGCAUAUAUCCCAAUCGACAAUUAUGAGACACGUAAUGCAACUACUCAUACAACAACAGUACAACCAGAUUCUUCAUUUAAUGAGAAAUUCAAGCAUUACUUCAGACGGCUAUGUAGAGGUUUUCCAGUCCUCAAACUCAUUUACAGUGCAAAGCAGAAGCACAAUUAUGCAAUACAACUCCUCAGGAAGUUACUUGAAAAAGACUGUGGUCAAUGGACGACGGGUUAUGGCGCCGAUAUUCCCCAUGGGUGGGAUGACAAGUACAAUAACCUCGAAAACCGACAUCCGUUGUCAGCAAUAACAACAAGGGUUAACACUUACAGAGUUAGAGAAAGGCCAAUUAUCUUGGCAACUAAGUUGGGUAUUGUAGAGAUGCUCAAAGAAAUAAUUGAAGUAUAUCCCAAAUCAAUUGAAUUUUGUGAUGAAGAUGCUGGAAGGAAUUUGUUGCACUUAGCGGCGGAAUACAGACAUGAGCCCAUAAUAGAUUUCUUGAAGACAUUGUCAACUAUUUCAAAGAGGAACUUGGAAAUUUUGGUCACUGGGAUUGAUAGAGAUGGUAACACCCCACUGCAUGCUGCUGCUAAGCUUGGAAAACAUAAACCAUGGCACGUUCGCGGAGCAGCACAAUGGAUGCAGUGGGAAUGUGUUUGGUUUCAGAUAUGUUAAGAUAUAAUGCUAAUGAUUCAUAUAUAGAUAUUCACACACAACUAUAUGCAUAAUCAUUAUUGUUGGGUUGUAUGCAGCGGGUAAAACGUAUGCUUCCACCGCAUAUGCUUAUAAUGAAGAAUUGCAAUAACCAAUAUGCUCACCAAGUAUA